CUCUUACACAUCUAGAAAUCAAAGCAUUCUUCAAGCACGAAAAUCACUCAAAUUUUCAUACAACAAACAGCAUAGAUGUCGAAGGAAAUAUUUUGCGUGGAUUUUUAGUUUAAAAUAGUGACGCGUUCAACUUUGAAAAGUAAGAAAGAAAGAGAAAAAGGAAAAGAAGAACGAGAGAAAAAAAGAGGGAGAGUCGGCGGGCUAGAAGAAGAAUUAAGGAAAUCCGUGAUUCUUGGGAUGUUCAAUGUUUUCUCGAUAAAUUGCAUGUCUUGGCUCAGGGCGCACUGUCUAGCUGGGCCAUGCCACUCAAGAUGGCGGCGCUAUUUCCCGAAAGGCAUCGCGGGGCGGUACAUAGUGAAAAUGAUAAAAAUACCAGAAGAAAUUAAUCUUGAAAAUUAUACUCUGAUGCUUCCCUCAGUAGCUGUGGGAAAUGUUGGACAAUUAUGCAUUGAUCUGUUAAUAUCUAGUCUGAAUUUGCGUAAAAUUGGAAGUUUAUGGAACUCUAUGUUUCUUCCAAUUUGUGGACUUAAUCCUUAUGAUAAAAAGUCCAAUUCUCUUUGUACUACUGCUGACUUUUAUCUCGGAACAUCUCAUAACAUAAUUCUUUUACAAUUACGUUCACCCUAUGUUGGUAAUUCUAACGAAUUUUUUGAUGAAUUAACACAAUUUAUUCAACGAAAAAGAAUUAAUAAGGUAAUAAUAUUAACUAGUAGUUAUGAUUAUGAAUGUGCAAAUAGAUCAGAAUUUAAAAUAAAAUAUCUUACUUCGGAUGAAUCUCUAUCAAAUGAUGAAAAACUUCUUGAAAAGUUAUGUUGGAUGCCACAUACGAUAAAAAAUGUUAGAACAAAUUCUGCAGAACAAUAUCAUAUUCCUGGUGGUGGAUUUGCAAAUGGUCUUUAUGGAUAUCUUAAAACAUUUGGAAUUCCUUGUACAGUCUUAUUUUGUUAUUGUUCAGAAGGAGAUAAUGUUUCUGAUGCAUUAAUACUCUUUAAAGGAUUGAAUGAAUGGUUGAAUUUAAUAAAUAUUAACAGUAUUAAAUAUCCAUCUUCUUGGGAGUACUUUUUUGGAAAUCCACCUUCUCUUGAUAUGUAUUAGAUUGUAUUCUAUUAAUUUUAUUAAUUGUUUAAAAAUAAAUUAUAAAAAAAUUAUGUAUAAAUUAAAAUAUUAAUGUUAUAGAAAUCACAUCCUACUAAGAAUAUAA